UUUGGUGCCUCUUCCGAGGACAUUGAAAGAUGUCUGAUAAUAAAAAAAUGGGAGCCACCGCCACCGCUACCGCCACCGCCACAUCUUCUUCUGGGAUGCUCUACGUUUUCCGUCAAUAAUUAAGUAAUGAUAGCAGCAGUGUCUGUUCUCUCUGUUGUCCAAUCGAUUCCCUGCCCUUCUCCGUUCAGUCUCCCCUUCUCCAAGUUAUCGCAUCGUAUAUCGUCCACUGCUCUCCGAAUCAGACAUGCCACAAGAUCUUCCGGGAUUGUAUUUCGAUGCGGAUAAGAACAGGUACUUCCCUAUCAGGGGUCCCAUUCCAGGAUCUGCUCGGAACUCCUCGUCCGCUGCUUCGAACACUGCACCUUCGUCUUCUACUGCCAACGCUUCAAAUUCUGUUUCCAAGCCCAACCUGUCGAACAAUUCAUCUAGGAGAAUCAAGAUUAAAGCUGCAAAGCUACUCCAGGACAGAGAGUUGUAUGGUAAUGUAAUCACUUCAAGGAAAGGGAAGUGCAAUUUUCAGGAGGAAUAUCACAAGAUGCAAGCAUCUCAGCCUCUGGUUUGGAAGUACAACGAGACAGAAAGGAUUGCAGAUGGUGCUUUGGAAGAGGCACACAUUGGUGUACACACGCCAGAUGGCCUAAUUGAAACUGACCUUCUAUUAGCAGGCAGUACAAAUGGCUCCUUGAGCCUUUAUGAAGUUUCAAAGGUUGCACAACUAUUUCAUUCUGGAAUAGAACAUGCACCAGAUUGUGUAUGGCCCCUCACUUCAGAAACACAAGGAUUCGUGGAAGAACCUAUACGUCUUUGGAGAACCCCCAUUGCUUCAAUACAUCUAUCUUCAAAUGUAUCUUGUAUAAAGAUGUUUGGGAAAUAUCUUGACACUCAUGGUUCAGCCUCACAGCAUGUUCUGAUUACUACUCUGGGAUCUGAAACAUCUGGUGGUUCUGUCCAUGUUCUGAACCUCAGAGAACCCAUAGAUUACAUUCUGGGCGCCUCACUGCUGAGGCUGAGAAUAUAUAAUGUUGCUACAUCAAAUUGUACUGUUUGGACGGCUGAUUGCAACUCUGAUGGAAGUCAAGCUGUGGUUGGCACCAAUCUUGGAGCUUCCUUGAUAAAUCUGGAAACUGGUGCUAAAUCGUGGGUGUUCCGUUGCAAGAGUGAUGCUAUGGCAGUACAACUUCAUGGACAGGUUGUUUUGUGUGGCCUCAGAAAUGGAGCUAUUGUGACGGUUGAUACUCGCCAAAGAUCAGACGGACGUUCUGAUAGACUCACUAGACAUCGAAUUUCUCAUCAAUCUCAUGAAAUUCCCAAAUCUUCAAGAACCCCUCAAAAUUCUAGUAAACAAUGGUUUGAGCUGAAAGGCAACAUACUACACUCUCACAUCAUAUCCAUGCCUUCAUCUAUUUCCUGUUUGGCAUCACUUCAGAUGUAUGAUCAGUACUUCCUGGCUAGCUCCAUGGAUGGUUCAAUCAGGCUUUAUGAUCACCGUAUCAUCCAGAGAGGCCCCGUACAAUGUUAUGAAGGGAACGUGAACACACACACUCGGAUACAACUUGCAGUUGAUCCGGAUGAGAGAAUUUUGAUGUCGGGUGGAGAGGACUGUAAGAUACGGUUAUGGAGUAUCAAGUCUGGUCACCUGCUAUUUGAGGAAAAAUUCAUGAACACUGUUCCCUCAACUAUGUGCCGGCGCAUGCAACCUCCGACUGUGGCAAGGGAUAACUGCAGAUAUUACAGCUAUGGCCAGGACCUUGGGUUGGGUUGUUGGGUUGGAUCUCGAGAAGGAAUAUUCUGCAUGCGCUGGCUGUGAUUCGACCCGAGGGAAAACGAUUGAACAAGGACGAUCGCCUUUUCCUUUUUUGGGGCUAUCGAUGAGAAGGUUGAGUGCGUGUUUUAUCCCUAGAUUUGGUGCAUGGUUUUUGAUGAAUUAAGCUUUUCGUGUUAGCAAGUGUUCCCGAAUGUAAUCAACUUCCUGAAUAGUGGUAGCUAUUAGUUGUUCUUUCUUUUUGUUUUGGGUAUUUUAGGUAGCCAUUAAUUGUUUAUUUGUCCUUUUUAUCUACAGGCUGGUCAGGGACUGAAAUGGAGCUUUGAACUUGUGCAAAAGUUAUGAUGAACUCCCAAAUGUUAGCAUCUUUUUCUUUUUGGGAUAUUCUAAAAAUCUAGGAAGUCAAGGGGAUAGGUAUACAUUUCAUCAAUUCAUUACCUCUUUCCCCUAAUAGUAGCUGGUAGCAAAACAAAAAAUUCUAAGAAUGUGGCUAGAGUUGUUAAAGGGGCUAGGCAGAUCGUGUGUGACCACUUUAAUAUGGGUCUGGAGGCCUAGUGGGCUGUGAGUGAAUUCAACAUCUCGAGGGCUCGGCUCCAUAAGUUCUGUAGGGUCCCAUUCGUGUUCAGGCUAUUGCAAUUGGGCUUUUGAAGGGCCCUCAUGACCGGGUUGGGCCACUUGGUAAAAGAAGUAAAAAUAAUAAAUUGGAAUAACAUCAUA